UGUGAUUGGAUCGCAACAGCAGAACCUGCUCCAACAGCUUGCGCCAACAGCGGUUCCUUUAUCCAUGUCUUUUGCUGCACGCCCACCACCCUCUCCGUUUGCUGCGUUGGUUGGUAAGGAUUGUUUCCCCCCUCCUCUCUUUCUUUCUUUCUUCUCUCUUUCUUCAUCAGUCCUCGCGAAACGUACCCAAAUUUGAUUUCAGUGGCCAGGUUUUGGUCGCCUGAUUUUGUGAUUAAAAGAUGGUCAACACGCCAGAGGCCCAGCCGGCCUCGCCUCCUGUCGCAACCUCACCACCGGUGCCGGCCGCGGAACCCGCGACAAUGGCCUCAUCUCGGAGCCCACCCAAGAGCUCGCGGGGUAGCUCACCGAGCAACCCUCAAGCCACGAUUGAAGCGAAGGAUGCUCUAGAAGCAGAGGAGCCAGCCAGUGAAACUGAUGAUGGCGCCUCCAUUGACGACCAAAUUUCCUCGUACACGGCUUCACUGGCAUCAAGCGCUGUAGACUAUCCCGUUGAGUUUGGUCGUCGCUACCAUGCUUUCCGGCCUGGAUCGUACUAUUUGCCCAAUGACGACACUGAGAUGGACCGCCUUGAUAUGACACACGACCUUACACUGAGGAUGCUGGGAUACAAGCUGUACUUGGCGCCGAUUGAGAAAGAAAAAGUCAACAGAAUCCUUGACAUCGGAACUGGCACCGGUAUUUGGGCCAUGGAGAUGGGUGACCUCUUUCCCAAUGCGGAGGUUUAUGGAAACGAUCUGAGUGCUAUCCAGCCAGAAUGGGUUCCUCCAAACGUCAAGUUUGAAAUCGACGACGUCGAGAGCGACUGGAUCGGCGAUCGGAAGUACGACUUUAUCUUUUGCCGCUACAUGAUCGGCUCGAUAGCCGACUACCCAAAACUGAUCAAGAAUGUCUACGAUAACCUCAACCCUGGAGGUUGGGCAGAGUUCUCAGACAUGAGCGGCAAAUACUACUCGCCAGACGGCACUCUCAAGCAAGACCACGCCACCUUCAAAUGGAAUGAUAUGCUCAUGGACACCAUCGCUUCCAUGGGCCGCGAGGCCCGUCCAGGUCCCCAGCUUGAGGGAUGGGUCCGCGAAGCCGGUAAUUUCCAGAACAUCACUCACAGAAAGUUCAUCCUUCCCAUCGGCCCUUGGCCAAAGGAUCCGCAUUACCGAGAGUUGGGGCUCGUCAACUUGACCCAAAUUCUGGAAGGCCUUGACGGAUUCUCCAUGAGGGCGUUUUGUGGCGUGCUGGGCUGGACCAAGGUUCAGGCCGAGGUCCUGCUUGCCCAGGUACGGAAGGAACUGAAGGCGGUUCACACCUUCCAUGCUCAGUUUGACAUCCAUAAUGUGGUGGCUCAGAAGCCUUUUGAGGAAGCUUGAAUUCGUCGGUUUGGAAGAUUCCUGUCCUAUGUGAAUUGCCCGGAGUGAGUCACCUCAGUCCCAAUCAUGUGUUUCCUUGUAAUGAUACGCAUGAACGUCAAUGGGGCUCAAGAAAUCAACUCCAAUGUCGGUAGCUAUACACAUACAUUAAUUAAGUACACAGCAGCAAUCUUGCUUGAGCGCUAGUGCUCUUUGGGUCUUUGCACCUCUAUAGAAUGAAAAGGAAAGACUUUUCAAAGCAUGUGUAACUAUACCAAUAUGGAUAAAAGAUAAGACUUUUGAUCCGGACCACGGAUAGUCC